AUGAGAAGGCUAGAUUCGACUGACUACUGGUUUCGAAUGUUGACUUCAUCAGGAUUGUUGCAUGCGAUGUUUUCCGAGUUCGCUCUCGCAGAUCUCGAAAACCUCCAACCGGCCUCUGACGAAAGUGAAAGCGAAACAAUAGCAGAUGGUGAUGAUUCCCUCGGAACAAUACCGGCUGAUGAUCGUCGACUGAUUGCUGGUGGCCUCGAUGGGGUAUUGUUUGGAUCGAUGGCUUGUGAAGGACCAUUUGAAGAUCUUCGAAAAAGGUUUCCGCCUCAAUCGCUUACAGACAUGUGGUUGACAAUGCUUUCUAUGAUAUCUGGAGCAACUUGCUAUGCACUUUUUCUCGGACACGCGACAAAUUUGAUCCAAAGCUUAGACUCCAGCAGGCGACAGUAUCGUGAAAAGGUGAAGCAAGUCGAAGAAUACAUGGCGUAUCGCAAAUUACCACGAGACAUGCGGCAAAGAAUCACAGAAUAUUUUGAGCAUCGAUAUCAAGGGAAAUUCUUCGACGAAGAGUGCAUUCUAGGCGAACUAAGUGAAAAACUAAGAGAAGAUGUGAUAAACUACAAUUGUAGGUCUUUGGUUGCUUCAGUGCCUUUUUUUGCCAAUGCUGACUCUAAUUUUGUAUCAGAUGUAGUAACUAAAUUAAGAUAUGAAGUAUUUCAACCUGGUGAUAUUGUAAUUAAGGAGGGAACAAUAGGAUCAAAAAUGUAUUUUAUCCAAGAAGGAAUCGUGGAUAUCGUAAUGGCGAAUGGAGAGGUUGCAACUUCUUUAUCAGAUGGAUCUUAUUUUGGAGAGAUAUGUCUUCUAACUAACGCUAGGCGAGUUGCAAGUGUUCGCGCAGAAACCUACUGCAAUUUAUUCUCUUUGAGUGUUGAUCAUUUCAAUGCUGUUCUGGACCAAUACCCAUUGAUGAGGAAAACUAUGGAGACUGUAGCAGCUGAGAGGCUUAACAAAAUAGGAAAAAAUCCAAAUAUUAUGGCUCAUAAGGAGGAAUCGGAAUCGGCAAAUGCAGAAACUAAUCAAAUAAGUGCUGUGGUAAAUGCAUUAGCAGUCGAAGCUGAAAAUAAUUUAAAUAAUCUUAGUGACGAAAGCGGAAGUUUAAAAAAGGUUCAUUCUGAUUUAAGUUUAACCGAGUUAAAUCAAAGUUUAAGAAUGAGUUUACCAAGGCCAAAAAGUGGUGAAUUUAGAGCAUUAUUCGAAGGAAGUAGUCCUUAGUAAAGUAACAACUCUCUCUGGAAUUGACAAAUACUCUUCUAUAAGAUGCAAGUGAGAUAUUACGAAUAAAUUUUGGUUUUAAAGAAA